CGUGUCUUACUGCGGGCGCCGGGUGCAGCGGUGGCGGCGGGGCGGCGACCGGCGCGGGCGUCGCGGUGCUCCAGUCGUGAAUCGUGCUGCGCGCGCGAGCGUUGUGUGAGUCGCGAUCGCCGAGCCGAGAUGCGAACCGACAGGCUGGAGCGAGCCGUGGCGUGGGCGGUGGUGGCGGCGUGGGCGGCCGCCGCCUCGGGCUCGCUGUUGCCCCUCGACGCCGAGCGACUGCGUGCAGGCGUUGGUGGAUAUGCCGUUAUGAACUGUCACCUGGAUUUUCCUUUUGGCAACGAGAUACCUUAUCAUUUGCAGUGGGAUAAAGACGGAGAGACGAUUUUCUCAUGGUACAGCCUGGAAGGGCGUGCGUGGACUGCUGACCGAUGGGGGGGUCGCGUGCGCCGGCUCGGGGAGGGCCGGCACGGACUCGGCCGCGGCUCCAUCAACGUGAGCGCUGUGCGCGAGACUGACGCUGGCCUCUACCGCUGCCGCGUCACCUUCCCUAACCGCACGCCUCCCUCCAGAAACAAUGGCACCUUUUAUUAUUUGGAAGUAGAUGGAGGGAAUCUUAUUGUCACGCCACCCAUGAACGUGACCGUAUUGGAGGGAGAACGAGCGGAAUUGGAAUGUCUACCCAAGGAGCCCGAGUCAAUUGUACAAUGGUAUAGGGAAGGGUCGCCUCUCUCGGAGUUGCCGGAGCUGGCUCUGCGGUCUGAGGUAGCGCUAAACGGUAGCCUGAUUGUGCGACGCGCCUCCAGCACUGAUCCCGGCGAGUUCGAAUGCCGUGUGCGCGCGCCGGACGACACCUUACAGAGCGCCAGUGCCUUCCUCGACGUGCAAUAUAAAGCGAAGGUGGUGUAUGCGCCGAAGGAACGGCAUUUGCCAUAUGGCAAGCCUGCAAGUCUCGACUGUCACUUCAGUGCUAACCCUCCUCUGACGAACCUGCGAUGGGAGAAAGACGGAUUCUUAUUCGAUCCGUAUAAUGUUCCAGGCGUGUUUUAUAGCCGAAACGGCAGUCUACUUUUUAAUCAGGUGGACGAGUCGCAUGAGGGCGUGUACUCAUGCACGCCGUACAACGCGCUGGGGUCGGAGGGCGCGUCGCCGGGCGUGCGCGUUUCGGUGCAGCGACCGCCCGUGCUGGCGGUGCGUCCGCAGCCGUUGUACGUUGCACGGCUCGGCGCUACGCUCGCGCUACCUUGCGUCGUGGCACACGCGCAUCACGAUCCGCCCGUCGUACGUUGGACAAGGAAAGAUGGAAGUGAAUUGCCAGUAGGACGACACUCUCUCGACGACGGUAAUUUGACUAUCGUGGAUGUAUCAGAGGAAGACCGCGGCGUGUACGUUUGCACCGCCAGCAACGAGGCCGCCGCCGUCACCGUGGAAACAGAGUUGCUGGUGGAGAACGUGCCGCCACGUGCGCCCUACAACCUGUCCGCGACACCUUCUUACAAUUCGCUGCAUCUUUCCUGGGUCCCCGGUCAUAAUGGUGUCGAGGUUGACUACAACGUUUGGUAUCGAGAACGUACGGUGAGCGAAUGGCGCACUAUGAAAAUAUUGACUCGAGGUGUGACAGAAGCCACGCUCGUGGGUUUGCUGCCCGCCACUGAAUACGAAUUGCGCGUGCUGUCACAGGACCUCAUCGGUGACGGGCUAUUCAGUAAACCAAUCUUCAUUCGCACCCUGGAUCCAGAACUCAGCAGCGGGGGCGAGGUCGCCUACGCGGCGGCCACCACCGAGACGGAAACCGCGACCGACGAUGACGGCGAGGAACUUCAGGUGACCAUCCGACUUAUCGACGAAGGAGCACUGGUGCGCUGGCAGCGAGACUCCCAGGACGAGUCACGCUGCACGCUGCGCUGGUACGAGGACGAGGCGCCGGACGCUCGCCUCCUCCUCACCGCCCACACGCAUCAAGAUUAUGCGCUCGUGGGCGAGGUGCGCGAGGGCGCUCACUACUGGGCGCGCGUUCAGUGCGGCGCGGGUGCGCAGGGCGGUGCGGCGCUGCACGUGCCGGAGUACGCGCGCCUGCGCGGCGUGGCGGCGGGGUGCGCGGCAGGCGCGCUGCUGCUGGCGGCGCUGGCGGCGGCGCUGUACGCUGCACGACGCCGCCUGUGCGCACGAGCAUCACACGACCGCCACGAGCCGCCGCGCGCCGACAAGCGCGCUCGCUGACUGCAGACUUUGGCUCGCUGUGAGCUUGUACCGCCACCGCACCGUCGAGACGACCGCGAGCCCGUUGUAAGCGCGAUAUAGAGCAACUGGGCCUCAUAAUUUUUUCAGUUGUUAGCUCCAAGAUAUAAAUAUAAUAGUGAUUGGACAGGUCUGAAGAUGCGUUAAGGUGAGAGUUACUCGUGUUACGUGCGUGUAGAUUAGACUGAGUAUUUAUUUAUUUUUAUGUCUACGGUAUUCUUAGAAAUAAGCCGUGUCUAAGUUACCUUACUUGUUUAUCGCUCUCGGGUUAUUUAUUUAUUUAUUUAUGUCGAACGUGUCGAUAUGAUUGUAGUGAAUGAUUGUAUGAAUGUAAUUUGGCUCUAUUAAGUAUUAACACAGACUCGGCAUAAUUUUCUACUCUAAUAAUAAAACUAAAUCAAUACCAA